AUGAUAUUCGAAGUUCCAAUUGACCACUUCCCGGCUUCAUCUCAACAAGUUUCUAAAGCUCGUGAGAACAAGCCACUCCGACUCUCGACUGUUUCACUUCACUCGAAAGAAGUCAAUGCUGCAGUUGCUCCAUUGAGCCCAUCAGUACGCCGAUCUCAAUUCAACUUCUCUGCUGAAGUUCAGAAGACUGCUCUUCCAAAGGUCCGAGCAUCCAUUCCACCACUCAAGAGAGCUCUCACCAGUCCGGCGCUUCCAGUACAACAUCUCAACCUUAACUUGGUUCGCAAAGCAUCCAACCCAUCUUCCCAAACAAGUCGGAACAAUUCUGUCAGUGACCUACUCCGAAGUGAUCUGUUCAAAAUGCCAUCUCGACUCUUAUCCACGGCAGUAUCUUUGCACCAACUGGCAUAA